AUGAUUGGCUGGGUGCACAUCACCGUCUCCACCCUUAUUAUCCGCAAAUAUGGGCUGGAAGUGUGGAAGGAAAUUAAAAGAAAAGCCGGCUUUUCCGAUGAGACAGAAUUCGAAGUGCAGCAGUACUACGACGACAGCGACACGUUCAGAAUUUUCCGCGCCGCAGCCGCGACACUUGGCGUAUCCGUGGACGACAUGUGGGAAUUGUACGGCGACCAUUUGAUCACUUAUGCCAGCGAGACGGGGUGGAACCGGAUGUUGGCGUGUAUGGCUGAUAAUCUACAGGACUUUCUGGACAACUUGAACUCGAUGCACUACUUCAUCGACCAGAUCGCGUUCAAGUCGGAGAUGAAGGGCCCCUCGUUUCAAUGUGAAGAUCAGGGGGACGGAACCCUGCGACUGCACUAUUUCUCGAAUCGCCAGGGUCUGUAUCCGAUCGUCAAGGGGUUGGUGCGCAAGACGGCCAAAUAUCUAUUUGAUAUCGAAGUUUCGAUCAACGUCCUCGAACGUCAACAGGAGCGUCGAAAAAGCGGCCUCGUGGAGCAUGUCAUUUUCAGCGUCGGAGCAGACGAACGGCACAAAGAAGGCGAACGACUGGCCCAUCGAUUCCGCCGUAACAACCGUAGCCAAUUGGAGAUGGUUCCAGAAACGAAACUCCUCCGUACACUCAGCACCAAAGAUUUCAACGUCAUCUUCCCGUUCCACAUCUGCUUCAAUAAGCAAAUGAUUGUCGAGCAUGUCGGCCAAUUCAUCCUCUGCGAGUAUGCGUUGGCCGACAAGAAGAUGGUGAAGCUAACUGAUGUCGUACAACUUGUCCAACCGGCCGAUAUUCAGCUGACGUUCAAGAACAUUCUGUCGUAUUUGAACACGCUGUUCAUCUUCCAAAUGCGUCACCAUGCGAGGAGGAACGAGCAGGACGCGACGUGCAGUGUGGCUGCUUUUCAGCAGCCCUUAUGUUUGAAAGGCCAAAUGUACCCACUGGCCGAAGGAAAUACAAUUCUCUUCCUCUGCUCCCCUCAUGUCACCACCGUGCGUGACAUCCUCAACCUCAACCUCUGCAUCUCGGAUAUGCCAAUGCACGACGCGACCCGAGAUCUUGUCAUGCUCAACCAAAGUCGCAUCUGCCAAAUGGAGCUCAACAAAAAGCUCGAGGACACGGUGCGACGUCUUCGCGGCAUGGCCGAAGAGCUGGAGACGAAGAAGGGGCAGACGGAUCGACUUCUUUUCGAAUUUGUGCCCGCGCAGAUUGCUGAUGCUUUGCGCAAUCACAAACCGGUUCAAGCACAAGAAUUCGGUGAAUGCGCCGUCCUAUCGGCCGAUAUGCCCGAUUUUCCGACAAUCAACGUGCACUGUAAGCCGGCGCAAAUGAUCGAGCUGAUCACCGACCUUUUCCAUCGAUUCGAUCGGCUGAUCGACUUACACAAGUGCUACAAAGUGUUGUCGUUGAUGGAUUCCUAUUUGGUGGUGUGUGGGGUACCGGCCCCGUGUGAGCGAUAUUGUGAAAAGAUCCUCAACCUAGCGCUGGGCAUGAUUCUGGAGGCUCGACUCGUCAUCGUGCCCGAGCUUAACCUGUCGGUCCGGCUCCGCAUCGGCGUCCACGUGGGGCCAGUUGUCACCGGGAUUGUUAGCCAGAAAAAGCCGAGAUACUGCGUUCUUGGCGAAACCGUCGCCAUCACCAAGGCCAUUUGCGAGCACAACGACGCCGGAAAGAUUUUGGUCAGCAACGCCGCCAGGACCAUGGUGACCAAGGGCACCAAACAGCAACCAUCAGCCGUCUUUGUUUUCGCUUCGAAGGGUUACGUUGACAUUGGGACGAUGAAGAUGCUCACCCACUACCUAGAGCGCAACGAAAAAAUGAGCGCCUGGGAAAUUACGGAUCGGCCGAAGGGAGAGGAGCAGACGAUCGAUGGAUAUCGCGAAUUGCAUACCGAUGAGGGGGCCAGAGAAUGGGAGGAGGCCAGGGAACAUGCGCAGCGGGCCAUUCGGGUUCUGGAUGCGAUGAAGCCCCUCCCAUCUGAACAGGGCACCGGCACCCUCCAGAAAUUGAAGGCCAUCAAAAAACGGCUUGGCACCGGCCGAAGUUCCGAUAGCCACGACUUGACCUGUGCCCAGUACUGCCGCAACAACAUCGAGCCCACCACCGGAGCCCAGCGCGUCUGCGCCUCGUUCAACUUUGAUGGACGUGAGACCUGCUACUUCUUCGAUGAUGCCGCCGCCCCGGCCGGCACUGGACAGUUGACGGCCAACCCAUCAGCCAACAACUUCUACUAUGAGAAGACUUGUCUGCCCGCCGUCACUGCCCACGAGGCGUGCACCUACCGGUCGUUCUCGUUCGAGCGUAUGCGCAAGACCAUUCUCGAGGGAUUCGUCAAGAAGACCGUUCAGGUUUCCGGCCGCGAGCAAUGCCUCUCCACCUGCCUCAAGGAGAAGGAGUUCGUCUGCCGCUCCGUCAACUACAACCACGACACGUACAUGUGCGAGCUGAAUGCUGAGGACAGAAGAAGCAAGCCGACCGCCCUCUCCAUGACCGACAUCAACGUCGAUUACUACGACAACAACUGUCUGUCCCGUCAGAACCGUUGCGGCCAACAAGGUGGAAACCUCGUCUUCGUGAAGACCACCAACUUCGAGAUCCACUUCUACGACCACACCCAAUCCGUUGAGGCCCAGGAGAGCUAUUGUCUUCAGAAGUGCCUCGACUCGCUCAACACUUUCUGCCGCUCGGUCGAGUUCUCGCCCAAUGAGAAGAACUGCAUCGUCUCCGAUGAAGACACCUUCUCCCGUGCCGAUCAACAGGGACAGGUCCAGGCCAAGGACUACUACGAGCCGAUCUGCGUUGCCGCCGAUCUUUCCUCAUCCACCUGCCGUCAGCAGGCCGCCUUCGAGCGCUUCAUCGGUUCAUCGAUCGAGGGCGAGGUUGUCGCGUCAGCUCAGGGCGUCACUGUCUCUGACUGCAUCUCGUUGUGCUUCCAGAACCUCAACUGCAAGUCGAUCAACUAUGACAGGACAGCCUCCUCGUGCUUCAUCUAUGCCGUUGGCCGCGCCGACGCCAACAUCAAGGCGAACCCGUCGAUGGACUAUUACGAGUUCAACUGUGAGAGCCAAUUCGGUGGCAUGGCACUGUGCACCAAUGACGGUAUCCGCUUCAUUGUCAACACCAAGGAACCCUACACCGGAGCCAUCUAUGCCGCCGAGCGCUUCUCCACUUGCAGCCAGGUCGUCGAAAACGCGAAGCAAAUCUCGAUCACGUUCCCUCCCCCGACCGUCUCCUCUGACUGCGGAACGGUGAUCCGUGACGGCAAAAUGGAGGCGCUGGUCGUUGUCUCGCUCGAUGGUGUCCUUCCCCAUCAGGUCACUACCGAAUGGGAUCGAUUCUACCGCGUGUCGUGCGACGUCUCGAUGGACAAGAUGACCAAGGAGGGCUCCGUUGUCGUCACCACCAUCUAUGAGGCCAACAACCAGAAGACGCAAGUGCUGGACACCGCCACCCCACCCCCGGUCACCGCCAGGCUCACCUUCUUCAACCAACUUGACGAGCCCCUCGAGAAGGCUUCGAUUGGAGACCCGCUGCUGAUGGUCAUCUCCUCGGAUCAAGCCGGCCCGCACAACAUGAUGGUCACCGAGUGCACGGCCACCAGAAUCGGCGGACGCGGCGAAUCUGUGCCCUUCACGCUCAUCGAGAAUGGAUGCCCCCGUUACCCAGCCCUCGUCGGUCCCGUCGAGCAAGACUUCGACAAGAACAGGCUUAAGUCUGAAGUCCGCGCCUUCCGCCUCGACGGCUCGUACGAUGUGCAGGUGAUGUGCACCGUCAUGUUCUGCGCUGGCCCCAAUGGAUGCCCCGUGUCGAACUGCUUGGACUCGGGCACCAACGAGCUGUUCACGUCGCACGGCAGGAAGAAGAGGUCCGCCCUGGCCGAGACUUCCGAUGAGCACACCGCUGAGACGCUUUCCGCCAUCAUCCGCGUGCUGGCCAAGGGCGAGGAGGAGGACAACAUGGGAAUUAAUGGAAACGCUUCUGAUAUCCACCGACCAUGGCCCGCGGACACGGUGUGCGUCUCCGAGACGGGAUUCGUCUGCGCCGUCGUGUCGGCAUCUGUUGUCUGCCUUCUCCUCUCUGCCCUCAUCGUCGUCUAUGGCUGCCACGCCCUCCACCGCGACGAGAAGCUCCCAUCCACCCGAAAUGACGUCUAU